AUGGAGCAAGUUGAUUGUGUGCAGGAAGGCGUCUCGACAGAGCGUGCAUUUGAGGCAGAUCCAAUCCCAUCAUUGUCAGAGACCAUAACACCACGAUCAAUAGUGGUUAGCUUUAUCCUUGGUGUUGCCCUCUGCGCCGUCGCCAUGAAGAUCAGCCUAAGCUCAGGCUUCGUCCCGUCACUCACCGUCCCAGCUGGCCUCAUCGGUUUCUACCUCAUCCGGGCAUGGUUCCGCGCUCUUGAUUGUUUUGAAUUGCCAUACCAACCAUUCACUCGCCAAGAGAAUACCGUCAUUCAGACAUGUGUUGUCGCCUUUGCUUUCUGCCAUUACAUUCAAUUGGUAUAUAUCUAUAUAAGCACCGCAUGCAAAACUUUAUUUACUAUACUCUGCCAUGUUGUUAUUCAAUUAUAUGGGUUGUUAAAUGUGUCACAUUCAUAUUUAGGAGGGUUUGGUACAUACAUCCUCGCGAUGGGCAAGAAUGCAGCAGGAGGAGACACGAGGGAUGAGAAGAAUAUUAUUGAGCCGAGCAUUGGCCGAUUGAUUGCUUUUCUCUUCCUUGUUAGUUUUUCUGGCUUGUUCAUCCUCAUGCCCUUCAGGAAGGCCAUGAUCAUUCGGCACCGGUUGACAUUCCCUAGUGGAAUGGCCACGGCACACCUUAUAAAUAGCUUCCAUACCCCUCAAGGCGUCAAUAAGGCAAGGCACUGGUUUUUCACUGCUGCAAAGGACUGUGGCUUCAAAGUAUUCCCUAUAUUUGGCCUUGAGGCGUAUAAACAUGGAUUCUAUUUCGACUUUUCCAUGUCUAAUAUUGGCAUCGGUAUGUUGUGCCCAUACAUCAUCACUGUCUCCAUGUUCAUUGGGUGUGUUAUCUCAUGGGGGAUCAUUUCACCGUACCUUGCAACGAAGGCGGGUAUCUGGUACCCUUCUAACAUUAGCUCCAGCAGCCUUAACGGCAUCAGGGGCUAUAAGGUGUUCAUCGGAGUGUCCAUGAUACUCGCUGAUGGCCUCUUCAACUUCCUAUCAAUUGUGUUAUGCACAUUGUACUCCAUGUGCCAGCGGCGCAAGCAACCAAUGCAAGGUGAUAAUGAAGUUGAUAGUGACACGCAGUUGCCAUUCCACUGCCUCAAUGCUGCUGAGCUACAAAAGACAAAAAAGAGCUUCGGUGAUCGUCGUAGGGCACAGGUGUUUUUACGGGACCAUAUAUCCAACUCGGUCAACAUUAUCUGUUACAUCCUCCUAUCGGUGGUCUCCACCAUUGCCAUACCGUACCUCUACCCGCAGAUGAAGCACAUCCAUGUUGCUCUCAUCUACCUUGUUGCACCGGUCAUUGCCUUUUGUGACGCCUAUGCAUUUGGUGUGACCGACAUGAACUUGUCGAGCACUUAUGGCAAGCUUGCUAUGGUCCUCAUCGGUUCAAGUGUUGGUCGUAACGAUGGUGGUGUGAUUGCUGGCCUCGUCUCCUGUGGGAUCGUGAUGGGGGCAAUGUCUAAUAGCAACAACCUAAUGCAAGACCUAAAGACAGGGUACUUAACGCUAACCUCACCACACGUCGUGUUCAUCAGCCAGGCAAUCGGCACAGCAUUCGGGUGCAUCAUCAACCCGGUCAUGUUCUGGAUCUUCUACAAGGUGCAAAACGGCGACGCUGACAUCUUUGACGCACCCUAUGCCCGAGUGUACCGCAGCAUCGCCAUGCUGAGCGCUGGCCAGAACGCGCUACCUAUGCACAGCUUGUGGCUCUGCAAGCUCUUCUUCGCACUAGCGCUGGUGCUUAGCAUGUUCCGAGAGGUGGCCACAUGGAAACAGUGGCGUGUGGCACAGUACAUUCCGAGCACCAUCUGCGUGGCCAUCGCCAUUGUAGUGCCGGCACGCAUACCCAUUGACAUGUUCGUGGGGAGCUUGGUGUUGUACUUAUGGAGGUGGGCCAACCCUAGCAAGGCACCGGCGUUCUCAAUGGCGGUGGCAUCAGGGAUGGUCUGUGGGGACGGGCUGGGGAUGCUACUAUCGUCGACAAUGGCACUCACACAAGUGCGGGCACCCCUUUGCAUCAAGUUCUUGUCUCGUACCGAUAAUGUAAAAUUGGACGCCUUCUUAGCUACACUGCCUAUGACAUAG